UGUUAACCUUAGUCGAUUGAUAUUUUUGCAUUUUUAUACUGCAAUGGGCAGAAAAUGUGAAGUGAUUUCCUGUGCCAGUAAUGAUAACAAAAACUGUGGAAAAUCGUUCUAUAAGUUUCCGACCUGCGAAAAUAUCUGCUAUGAAUGGGUGAAAUUUUGUAAGUCUGCUUAUUUAGAGCAAUUAUUUUACAGCUGUGGACCCACAGCAUUGAAUCAGAAAAAAAUGUGUUCAGACCACUUCGGACUAGAGUCACUGCGUGAUCCUUCCCAAAAAGACAAAGGACUAAAAGCCGGCUCAAUACCAACACCGACAGAUAACCCAACAAACGCAAUUCAACGGUACAUGUCCGACGGUCACCAAGUUGCCUUAGAUCAACGAGAAGAUUUCUUCGAAUACGAGUAUCUUGACGAAUUAACGAUACUGAGAGGCAACGAUGAAUCUGUCGUGUAUGAAAGCUAUUUAGUAGACAAUACUUUAGAGGAUCAGAGGUCAAGCUAUGAGGUGGAUUUGUGCGAGCCGAUCGUAGAAGGCAACAGUGCCCUGCAUGACGAUUUUAUUAAUUAUCCAAUGGAAGAGCUCCCGAUACCAAGCGAAACAAACCCAGUCGUUAUUCUUGAAAUAACACCAACAACACUGGAGGAAAUUGAUGUAGAAGAAAUCAGUAACCUGGACAAUUUCGAUCAGAUCUGUGAAGUGAUUCCGUCCUCUGGAAACGACGAAGAAAAUAUUCAAAGCUUGAACUUUAGAUAUUAAUACGAACAGGAAAUAGAGAUGCGAAAACUAUUGGAACUAGAAGUGAGGCAACUCAAACUAGAUUUACGAAUAAGUAAACGCACCAGUGCUAGGCGGGCACAGACUGUACGUAAAAGCAAAGAAACUAUUCGUAUGUGCAAACGUUGUAUUAAAACUCUUCGUCAAAACACGUAGAUUUACGAAUAAGUAAACGCACCAGUGCUAGGCGGGCACAGACUGUACGUAAAAGCAAAGAAACUAUUCGUAUGUACAAACGUUGUAUUAGAACUCUUCGUCAAAACACCAUGACCGACAAUAAGUUAUUGAACAAGUUGAAACAGAAUCCAGUACUGUAUAACAGCUUGGGUAACCUAGGCUUUACUCCUAAGAAGAGAAGAUAUAAUCAGCACGCAAAAAAAUUUGCACUAUCUACCUAUCUGUGCGCUCCACGAGUAUAUCGCAUGAUACAACGAUCAAAAGUGUUGUGUCUGCCUUCGAAACGCACAAUUAUACGGUGGACACAGAAAUGAAUGUUGGUUGGAAUGUUGAAUGUUGGUCUAGACUAGAGAGGAUAUUUGUAAUAGCAAUUGACGGAUGAAGAU